GCGAAGGUCCUAGCGAAGCUCUUGUUGAAGAUCCCGUUCCUGAAGAUCGCAGUCCAGAUCCAAUCUUCGAUAUCGACGACGGAGAGGUGGAGUUUACCUGGAACGGGAGGCCAUGCAAAGGCCAUCGAAUACACACAGCAGCGCUGCAUGGAUACGGUGAAGAACUUGAACGUAUUUUGGCCAAAGAGCCAGACUCAUGUAGCAUGCGCUUCCGGUACGAGACAUAUUUCAGAAACAAAGCGCAGGAAGGCUCUGGUGAGGCCCUGCACUUGGCAGCUUCCAGGGGACACGUUGACGUGGCUGAGAAAUUGCUGGCUGCGGGAGCUUCGCUGAAUGCAAAGGUCACCAGAGACCAUACACCUCAUUACAAUGCUCUUCAUGCAGCGCUUUUUGCUGAGGGCAGAGGAGGAUCUGUUGAAAUGAUAACAUACCUCCUGAUGAAGAGAGUUGACGCUGGCAGGAAUGCGGAUGGGAGGCUACCAAUCCACAUUGCCUUUGUGACGGGCAACGUUGAUGCAAUUCAUAUAGUCAGGCAUCACAUGGAGCUGUGUGGAACAGAAGCAGAAGAGUUUCAGGAGGACUGCGUAGAUGCUUCUACAGGGAGGCAGUGGAAAGUUCAGCUUCCACUAGAAGUUGGAAUUACUGGUGGCAAGAUGACAGUGUGGCAGAUAGCCAUGAGUGCGGCCAUCAACCGAAGUUCCUUGCGCUCCAUUAUGGCGGAGCGUCCAGAUGCAGUGGGCCUUUUCCUAAAGAGAUGCAAAGCCCGGGGGCGUGACGCGGACAUCUUGUAUCGAGCGGGCAUCAAUGGUAGUGAUGUGGCUUUACUUGCAAAGCAGUCCGUGAGCUCAUGCCUCGCGCUUCUGGAUUUUGCAACAGGGCGCCCGCAAUGUGAGAACGAAGGUUGGCAUCCUGUGCCAGCACAGGUCAGUUUUGCUGCCCGGAGCUGGUGGGAUCUUAUGUGGAGCAUGGUGAACCAAGGAUCACCACACCGUAAACUUCUUACAUUCCUGACACAAGACUCACGCUGGAAGUUUAACUCCAUAAAAUUUGAUUUCCCCAAGUGGCACGAGGACUUGACCAACAGGUCUUUUGGCCCUCCAAUCUUGCAGUCAGACAUCGGCAUGUGCAGCAUACCUGAUCUCACAACCCCCGAUGUCUUUGCAUGCCUUGCAGCCGAUGAUGUCGAUGUUGAGAUACUUGAACAUCGACUCUUUGGGGCCAUGGUGGAACACGUGUUUGAGAACUUCGUUGCUAAGGUGGAAAUUGUCCGCUCCUUCGUCACUGUCUGGAUUGUGAUUCUACUGACCAUCUCUACAUUGGCCUUGCAGCAAAGCUCGGCGGACGGGUCGCCUGAAGCCAGGCCACCAGUAGUGUUGGUUGCUGUUCGCUUCGUGGCCGCGCAGGGGGUUGUGGACCUCAUCCUGGAAGCCAUGCAGCUGACUGGUUUGAUCAAUCUUGGGCGCUGGCGGGAUUAUUUGACUCUAGACAAUCUGAUUGACCUUCUCUCUGCUGUUUUACCCUCGUACUUAUGUAUUGAUGCUACCUGUCGACCUGUGACCGUCUUCACCAUUUUUGUGUACUGGGCCCGCGUGCUGGGCAUCGCGAGCCUAUGUGAAGUUCUGGGCCACGAGCUGGAGCCGUUCCGAAAUCUUCUACGGGGCUUGAUUCCAGCUCUGGUGAUCACUGGUAUCGCUUUUGCAGCCUUUAGCCAUGCGUUCUUCUUCCUGGGAGCUCACUCUGUUGAAAGGUCUAUCUACUCUAGCUUUGUUACGCUGAUGACUGCCGGAAUGCCCGAUGAACCAGCUGGUGAUAUGCUUGAGGUUGCACUUUUAUACAUGGCUGUGACCUUCUUCUCGGUUUUCAUUCUGAACAUCUUUAUUGGCGUGCUUGGAGAGCAGUACGCCCUGCAGAAACAGCAUUGUGUCUUGAUUUUCAGACGCCGCCGAGCGGAGCUAUGCCUGCGCUACAUGCAGCGCAUUCACGCGCAGCACUUUCGUGCCUGCUCCGGUCCUGAAGGGCAUGUCCUACUGGUAGGCUGCAUACUGGCCUGCCUUACACUUCAG